AUGGAAAAUACCUCUAUCCCUGAGCUCAAUUCUACAUGUGUGGCUGGGCACACAGACUGUGCAAGGAGAGGAGAUGAGGAGCUGAAUAUUCCCACUUCCCCACCAAGCCCCACCUCCUACAUCACGAUGCCUGUCAUCUAUUCCAUCAUCUGCGCUGUGGGACUGACAGGUAACACCGCUGUCAUCUAUGUAAUCCUCAAAGCCCCAAAGAUGAAGACAGUCACCAACAUCUUCAUUCUCAAUUUAGCCAUUGCUGAUGAGCUUUUUACCUUGGUGCUGCCCAUCAACAUUGCUGACUACCUGCUCCUACAAUGGCCCUUUGGAGAGUUCAUGUGUAAGCUCAUUAUCUCCAUAGACCAGUACAACAUUUUUUCCAGCAUCUACUUCCUCACUGUUAUGAGUGUUGACCGCUACCUUGUUGUAGUGACCACCACCAAGUCCAGGAAGAUGUCUUACCGCACCUACCGAGCUGCCAAGAUUCUAAGCCUCUGCAUCUGGUCCUUUGUCACAGUCAUCAUCCUGCCCUUCACUGUCUUUGCUAAGGUACACAAGGAGCAGGGGCGCUCCCAGUGUGUUUUCGUGUUCCCUCAUCCUGAAAUCAUGUGGUGGAAAGGCAGUCGGAUCUACACCCUUAUCUUAGGCUUUGCUAUCCCAGUGUCCACCAUCUGCGUCCUCUACACCAUCAUGUUGUGCAGAUUGAGACGUGUGCAUCUUCAUAGCAAUGCAAAAGCUCUGGAUAAAGCAAAAAAAAAAGUGACGCUGAUGGUGGUUGUCAUCCUGGCUGUGUGUCUGUUCUGCUGGACACCCUAUCACCUCAGCACAGUGGUGGCCCUCACCACAGAUAUCCCACAAACUCCUCAGAUUGUUGGGAUUUCCUAUUUCAUCACUAGCUUGAGUUAUGCCAACAGCUGCUUCAACCCUUUCUUGUAUGCCUUUCUGGAUGAUAGUUUCCGGAGGAGUUUUCGUAAACUGAUGGACUGCAGAACCAACUCAUAG